AUGUUGUUCAAUACAAUUGGAUUAUCUUAUUUACCCCCACAAAGAUUGCGUCUUAGCACCCUUUGGGAAAUGAUGGAUGGAAAUUUUGAAAAAUUGAUGAUAGGAAUAAGGGCAAUUGUGGCUGAAUGGUUACAAGCCUCAUUGCUCUGGGAUGAUAUAUUGAAUGAUUUGACUUUUCCUGCUUCGCAGGAGCUCAAUGCUGGCGCGGAG